UGCAAGUACGCAACGAACCUCGAGAUAGCAAGUUCUGGAUACUAGACGCUCAUCAUGGGCGUCUAUUGAUCGCAUGAGUCGUCCACGUCGCAUUCGCUUCUCCUCGACUUCCAUCUCCUGCUUGUCGAGCGUUGAGAUCUUAGGGGUUUCUCAGCGGAACCAUUCACCUUCCGCAAGAGAGCAAUUGUUCAUGCUGAUAGAGAUUCCAGUAUUCCUCAAAAGCCAUGUCAGCGUGGAAUUUGGGCACACCGUGGAUGCUCAAGCUCACCAACACCGGGACGACGCGUUGGAGUGUACUUUCUCCUAUCGGUGUCAAAAAUAGGCUGACAAUCUGUUAUCAGAUAUGGCAAGACGCGGUUGCACGACAUCUAAGUUUGGCCUGAAAUAUGUUCGGAUACCUCGAUGAGACAAUCAGAACUGUAACAUGCUUCGCGCAACGAAGAUUCUGCCUUAUGUGGUCUUGCUCUAUAGCUUAGAGGCCCUGAGAAAUGUAGAGGAGGACUCUACUUGCUGUAGCUUCGCAAGCCAUCUUAUAGCACCUCUUUCGCAUCGGGGUGUUCUUUGUGCAUUCUCACAUUCCGACGUUCCUCGAGCUUGGCUGCGUGGAUUACUCCUUUUCCGGUUCCGGCAUCGUGAGUGCCAGGGUCCCCGUCCGAAUCAUCCAGAGAGGAAUCCGCUGCUAUUGAGCUUUUCAUGCGUCUCUCCCUCACGCUGUCAACUUCUCUUCUCACCAACGUAUUUCUGCCUCGACUGUUCGCGCUGCUCCUGGGGAAGUUCUGCCACAAGCCUGCACUCCGUAAUACAUCGACGUCGUCGGCAUUCAUCGCUUGCAAGACUGAGGUCUCAUGAUGUCAAUCAUAUGCUGAUGCGGUCGCGAUCGCUGCGGGGGGCCGUUCGCAGACUGCAGGAUUGCUGGCCUAGAUCUGCCAUUCCUACGGUAUCGAUGAAACGUGCCGUGCUUCGCCCCAUUGAUCUUUCCAUGAAGGCUCCCUCGUGGAUCCGCCGGUUUCUAUUGAAAAUUGGGUGGAUGGCCUGCGCGUUCCGGCUAUCUGGAAUGGCAGAGUCUCAUGACCAGAAUAGCGCCUCAACCCCACGCUACAGCUCUCAUCACCAACAAUGUCCUUUGUGCGUUCUUGCCAGUCCAAUCGGGGUGUCUACGCAGUACAGCCAUGCAUGGUCAACGUGAGUAAGGAAUACGAAGUGUCCUUCGAUCGGGCAACGAUGCGAGCUGUGCGGAGUGCUCUUUUAGCUCUGAUUCUCUGAUGAUACGGAUACGGAACUU